UUUUCAUCAUUUUAUUUUGAGACCGUGAACAUGAAGUUGACUGUUGCAGCUGUGGGGAUGGUUGCGUUCGUGUUUAGCGUUAUGCCGGUUUCAGUUUUUGCCAUUUUCGAGAUAGUGCCAUGCGUUUCAAACUGGUUUGAUGGAGUACCAUUAAGUUUGACGUGUGUUCUCAAGUCGGGACCAGUUGACAGUUACGUCGCGCUUGUAACCACCUUGACUAAAGUGCAGUGUAAUUCAACUUUUGAUAACUGUUUUUCAUAUGAUACGCAACUCUAUAGUGUUGUGGGAGUUCCUUCAGUAUCUAUGACUAUGCUGAUUCGCAGUUUUAAGAAAGGUUUAGAUGAUACAGAAUGGAAAUGCAUUGAUGGCAAUCCUACAUCAUCACCAGUUUCUUGUCAUAUUGCUUUAUCAGAGAAGUAUGUUGUAAUAGAUGAAAAUUUGACCACACUAGAAAGGAUUACUUUGCCAUUCAGAGUGUCUGUGACUGGCAACUGUACUUACUUAUUACCAAACUGUACCUGGAAAUACAAGAUAAAGGGCGAGUCUGAAGAAAGAGUGCCAGAUGAUCUAACAGCCAUCACCAGCACUAAUGCAUCUUGUAAUCCAGGAGAUCAACAAGCAACUUGCACCUUGAAGUUUGACUCGGACUCUGUGCCAGCAGGGUUCACUGGACAAACUGCAUCUCUACAUGUAUUUAUUACCCAUGCAUCGUUGAUUGGUAGUCAAUUACAUCUCGACAGCCCAGAAGUGUUUUUCUCAGUUGCUCUAACCAGUGUAUCGAUGUCUACCAAGCCAGCCAUGAUAGAGGCAGGUGUCGCAACUGUGCUGCAAUGUAUAACCAAUCCAGCCUUCCCAACAGCUACCAUUAGGUGGAUUUUAGACAACACAACUAUAACACAAGGAGUUACGAGCACAACUGAAAGGGUACCUGGCAGUGGCUUUAUCUCUACAAGUAACCUAACCAAAACCUAUGUCUCUAAAGACGAUGGAAAGAUGUUAGUGUGUUCCGCCACCAAUGGAGAGUAUACGGUCUCAUCUCCAGCUUUACAACUUAGCAUCACAGGUGCUCUAACCAGUGUAUCAAUGUCUACCAAGCCAUCCACCAUAAGACAGGGGUCUCAACUGUACUGCGAUGUGUAACCAAUCCAACCUUCCCAGCAGCUACCAUUAUGUGGAUAUUAGACAACACAAAUAUAACACAAGGAGUUACGAGCACAACUGAAAGGGUACCUGGCAGUGGCUUUAUCACUACAAGUUACAUAAC